GUUAAAGUUGAAUUUAUCGCAGAUUAAUUGGAAAUUUUAAUCAACAUGGCACGGGUGAGCAAAUUUGGGAUUUUCUUCUUGGUGCUAAUGGUUUCAUUUUGGACUUGUCAUACACUUCGAUGUCAGGUAGAGGAAGGCCCGUCUGAAGAAGAACUGAAAAGGGUGGUCCGUAUAUGCAUGCGAAAAUUAGGCGAUGAAUCCGAUCGAAACAACGCAGAGGACAGCUAUGAAGACAGCAACAGUAAUGAAAGUUACGAUAAUAAUCGACGGAACACCAAUAACGCCAAGAAUGGGAACAAUGGUCGUGGAAAUCGUUUUGCAAGAGAUACGGAUCGAUGGCAACAGCAAAAUGGUUAUGACAAUGGUUACGGAAAUAGGAAUCAACAAAGGUAUGACAAUAAUAGAUACGGGAAUAACGGUAAUUACGGAGGCGAAUAUGGAAAUAGUGGAUUUUCGAACAAUGAAAGUAAUCGCAACUUCAACAUGACCAAUCGGAACAGAAAUGACAAUGAAAAUGACGGAUACGAUAAAUCUUGUAUGAUUCAAUGUCUCUUUCAGGAAAUGAAAAUGACCAACAACGAAGGUUUUCCGGAUAAACAUAAAGUGGAGCGAUUGGUCAGCCAAGACGUCAGAGAUCGUGAAAUGAGAAACUUUCUACUGGAUUCCAUACAGGAGUGCUUUCAUAUUGUCGAAAUGGAACGACGACGCGACAAAUGUGUUUUCUCAAAGAAUAUUGUUUCAUGUUUAGCUGAACGAGCAAAGGCCAAUUGUGAUGAUUAUUACAACGAGACAAUGAUUUUUUGAAGAAUAAAAUCAAUUGAGAACCACCAAUUGCAAUUCGCAAUUGGUAGAACUUA